GAAUAAUGUCUAUAUAAACCACGAAUUGCUUGAAGAAAGAUCUCCAUUAUCCAAAUAUCCAUCUGUAUCUUUCUACCAAAGUCCUCAAUUACUCAAAACUCCAUAAAACUUUUGAAGAAUUAAUUAUUCCGAAUCCCAAGAUCACCUUCAUCAUGAGUGUCAUCAAAAACGUAGCUAUUGCUGGUUCAAACGGUGCUCUCGGCAAGCCCAUCCUUGAAGCCCUCCUCCAAUCCAACAAAUUCAACAUCACAAUACUCACUCGCUCCUCCUCCACCUCGACAUCAACCUACCCCUCAAGCGCGACUGUCCUCCCCGUAGACUUUAACUCCACCCAAUCUCUCACAGACGCCCUCCAAUCACAAAAAAUUGACGCCAUAGUCUCCUGCGUCGGAACCGAAGGUCUCCUCGGCCAAAAACUCCUAAUCGACGCCGCUGUUGCCGCAGGCGUAACUCGUUUCAUCCCCUCAGAAUUCGGUUCUGACCUUGCAGAUCCCCCAACUAAAGCCCUUCCUGUCUUUGGACAUAAGGUGGCCACUUCUUCUCAUCUCGAAGCUGUUGCUGCCAAGAAUCCAAGCUUUACAUACACAUAUAUCCGCAACGGCGGAUUUCUUGAUUGGGGGCUCGAGCAUAAUUUCAUACUCGAUGUGACAUCUGGAAAACCAUCUAUCUACAAUGGAGGUGAUAAGCUAUUCAGUGCCACCACUCUCGCGACCGUAGCUCAAGCUGUCGUAGCUGUUCUUAGCAAAUUUGAAGAAACGAAAAAUCGGGCCGUGUAUAUCCAAGAUGUGCAAACAUCUCAAAACAGUCUUUUGUCAAUUGCAAAGAAGGUUGCUCCAGAGAAGAACUGGGAAGCUAUUCCAGUGAAGACGGCUGAUGUUCUCAAGUCUUCAAAUGAGAAGCUUGCAAAGGGGGAAAUUACCAUGGAGGUCAUGGUCGGAUACAUUUUUGUUGCGAUUUUUGGCGAGGAACAUAGGUCGAGCUGGGAAAAGUCGGAUAAUGAAUUGCUGGGUUUGAAGGAGAAAACAGAUGCUGAAUUGGAAGCCAUUGUGAAGAAGUAUGUCAAGUAAUAGAAAGUUUCCUAAGAGAAUAUUAAAUUACAACGUACAUUGAUUUAUGAACAAAUUGUAAAACGGCA